AAAAGUAAACUGUAUUCAUACAUAUUAUUCGUGCUAUAUUUUGUAGAAAGUUGUACAACGCGGUUGAAGGAAUAAAAUGCAGUUCAAUUCUCUGUUCAGACUGGUUUGCAGUCCUCGUUUAUUAGUAGCAUCCAGACAAACGGCACCAGCAACAACUACACACUGUUCCGGUUUUCAUGCAACUGCCGUAGUGUACGAUGACGGGGGUGUGUCGAAAUCGGUUGUUCCAGAGAGGCCAAAACGUCCCAUCAAUGCUUACAUAAGGUUCGUGCAGAGCAUCCGUUCAUCGUUGGCCAGCGCCAACCCAUCCGCUUCUCCGACGGACAUUUCGAAGCUAGCGGCGGUCAAGUGGCAAGCACUCGAUCAGGCCUCGAAGGCGAAACUUGAGGAGGAGUAUAAGCGCGACCAGACCGUAUGGCUGGCGAAGAACGCCAAAUACCUCAGCCAGCUGACCGAUGCCCAGAAGCAGGAGUUGAAGCUGGAGCGACAGCAAAAGCAAGAGGACAAGGUCAAACGUGAGCACAAGCGUCUAAUGAAGGAUCUCGGUCGCCCGAAGCGCCCAAUGAACGGGUACCUGCUUUUCGUUGCUAACAAUAAACCGAAACCCGGCCUGUCCCAAGAGCAAAACAAGCUGCAGAUGAAGAGCCUAGGCCAUCAGUGGAAGCGACUACCCGAUGCCGAGAAGGAACGAUAUACUCGCGAAGCGGAAGAAGAUAAAAAGCGUUACCAAGAAGAAAUGAAAGCAUGGGAGGAUAAAAUGUUAGCCUCAGACAAGGUGGAGGCGGUCCGAAAGAAGAAUGUCCUUUUGCCACCGUCGCCGGCUGCUUCGUCGAAGGGGGCGCUGAGUUCGACAGGAGCCAAAACCAAAAAGGCUCCCCCCACUCGCCCAUAGGAACUCGGGUGUCCCUAUCCGGCCCAGGAACGUAGUACAGCUCCAACAGUAAUCCAACCCAGAACCGUCGUGGAAGAAGCUGAACCAAAGCACAACUUAUUGCAACAGGAUAGGGACACGAGUGAGCAAAUAGUGGUGAGAGAGGAAAUCAAUCACCAAACAGUGCCAUCGGCAGGGACAGUAUCAACUUCUUCGAAAAUACCACCAACACCGACAGAAGAGACAAUGCAGAGCAAGAAGGGUAUAGUGAACAAGUUAAAAUCUAUCUUUAAAUUCUGACACUGGCUUAAACGCAUGGAAGACCAGAUUUUGCUGCAGUCCAUGUUGCUAUGGUUUUACAUUUAUCCGUGCUAAAAAACAGGUUUAAGGAAUUGAUCUUGUUCUAUUAACCGGCGUGUGUGAAUGUUUGAUUUUUUUCCCACUCGUUCAAUAACGAUCCAAUUUACGUUGCAUUUUGUAUCGCUAUUUACUGAAAUAUUAAUCGUACUUGAACGUAUCAUGCGACAUUUGUAGAAUUCAUAAAGCUUAUUAAUAGUAUACAUAAAAGAUGUUCUGUGUAUUAAGUUUGAUCCGAAAGGUCUUUUUGU